CCGAUGUCAACCAUCUUGGUAGAUUUCCGAGGGCAGGUCUGAACAGCAGGAGGUUCGGAGGGGGUGAGGGGAGAGGGGAGAGGGGAGAGGGGAGAGGGGGUCCGAGGGAGGUCGAUACUUGUACUCGAGCGCAUCCUGUAUCCUGAUGAUGAUGUGCUCGACCUCACCCCGGCACGGGUCUGCAUUAGGUGUGUCUCUCCCGCAGCAGCGGGUCCCCAGCGUUGAUCUGCCAUCGGCAUCCACAGACCAUGUCAGGAUGGGGCAUGCUUACAGAACAACGGACGAGGAUGCACAGGCAGCCCUGGCGGGACGAUGCAUGCAAUUCAACAGGCGAGGGGAGAUAUCAGUGGGGUGAAGAAGAGCCAAGUCCAAGUCACUGCGACCACAUCGGGCCUCGAACUGUCCCCAGCGGCGCUUAUCAGAACGGCAUUGAGUGUAAGCCUAACUAUGUCUCUGCUGAAUGUCGACCACAGAGAUGGGGUGGCUCUAGGCAGGGAAGCCAAUGCGAUGCGAUGCCAGGAGAAGCUUUUCUCUCGCGCUGCUCCCGUGGUGUUUUGGGCCGCGGGUCUGAGGAGAGUGGAUCACGGGUAAUAACGUGCGCCCGCCCCCGAAUAACGUGCUUGGACCACCACCUCUCGCCAUCCGUGAGGAGAAGCCUGCUUCUUGCUUCUUUAUCAUGAAGACGAGCGCGCAAGAGGGAAAAUAAGAUAAAACAAACAAAUAAAUAAAUAGAUAAAUAAAUAAAUAAAAU